GCGGCGGGGCGACCGGGGCCGCGGCCGAGGCCGGGGCCGGGACGGGCGGCCGCGGCGCCAUGGCCGAGUCCCAGCUGAGCUGCCUGGACGAGGCGCACGUGAACGAGAGGGUGACCGAGGCGCAGGCCGCCUUCUACUACUGCGAGCGGAGGCGGGCCGCGCUGGAGGCGCUGCUGGGCGGCGGCGAGCGGGCCUACCGCGAGCUGGUCAAGAAGGAGCAGCUGCGGGACUUCCUCUCCAGCCGGGAGCAACAGGCCCUCCGCGCCGCCUGGAGCCCCUACGAGGACGCCGCCGCCGCCGCCAACGCCGCAGCCCGGGGCAAGAGCAAGGCCAAGGCGAAAGCCCCGGCGCAGGCCCCGGCCGAGCCCUGCGAGUCCCUGGCCUACUGGCCCGACCGCUCCGACACCGAGGUGCCCCCGCUGGACCUGGGCUGGACCGACACGGGCGUCUACCGCGGCGUGAGCCGCAUCACCCUCUUCACCCACCCGCCCAAGGAGGAGAAGGCGCCCCACCUCAAGCAGGUGGUCAGGCAGAUGAUCCAACAGGCCCAGAAGGUCAUUGCGGUGGUCAUGGACCUCUUCACUGAUGGCGAUAUCUUCCAAGACAUUGUGGAUGCUGCCUUUAAGCGCCAGGUCCCAGUAUAUAUCAUCCUGGAUGAGGCAGGCGUGAAGUUUUUCUUGGAAAUGUGUCAGGGCCUAGAGCUCACCGACUUCCGUAUUCGGAACAUCCGUGUCCGCUCUGUGACGGGUGUUGGCUUCUACAUGCCCAUGGGGAAGAUCAAGGGGACCCUGUCAUCAACGUUCCUAAUGGUAGAUGGUGAAAAAGUAGCCACUGGAUCUUACAGGUUCACCUGGAGCUCCUCCUACAUGGACAGGAACCUUCUCCUCCUCCUCACAGGGCAGAACGUGGAGCCCUUCGAUGUGGAGUUCCGGGAGCUGUAUGCCAUCUCCGAGGAGGUGAACUUGCACCAGGAGCUGAACCUGGCAGGGGGCGCCGGGAGGCUCGGCGCCAACUACUCCUCCACCGUGGCUCGCAAGCUAAUCAACCCCAAGUAUGCCCUGGUGUCAGGCAGCCGCCACCCCCCCGGGGAGAUGAUGCGCCGGGCCGCCCGGCAGCAGCGGGAGGCCGGCGGCGACCCGGAGGAGCAGGAGGAGGGGGGCAGAGGCGGCGAGGCGGCCCGGCGCCUGGAGGCCUUCCUGAAUGACCUGGUCACGCUGGAGCAGGUGCUGCCCCCCGUGGAGCCCAUUCCCUCUGGAGAGCUGACUCGGAAGGACGGCAGGAUGCUCUCUCACCUGCGCGUGGACCUGAAGCCCAGACCCCCAGAGGCGCUGGUCCGAAACGGCAAGGGAGAAGCUGCCAACGGGGAGGCCACGGCGGCCAAGGACGGCAGGCGCUUGAGCAAGAGGCUCUUCAGUCGACGGGCCAAGAGUCCCACGGUGCCCAACGGUGUGACCGGCUCCCUCUGCACCGAGACCUUUGCAGAAGUGCGGCUAGUGACGGGGAAGAGGCCCAAAGAGGGCUCCAGUGCCAACAUCUCAGGUAAAACAAGUCCCAGUCUUGCCAAGGCCAGCAAUUGUGUGAUUUCCUGAGCCAUAGGUCAGCAGUGGGUAGGACCUGUGGAUGCCCCCAGCCCUGUCCUGUGGAGAAUACAGGUCAAACCCUGCACCAGUUUGCACUUCGGACCCUCACUUGCUUCCUGCCCGACAGCCUCUAUCCUGGCCUCAGGGACCCUCAAGCCCAGAUGUGAGAGUCUGCAGCAUCUCAAGACGACCACACGCCCCUACAAGACUGUCGCUGGCUGGGCAGGGGUCACUCCUUCUUGUUUACAUGAAGUGGAAGCUUGACUCAUGUCUGCUCUCCUUUAUGCUGGACCCCCUCCCUCCACUGGGCCAGCCUUGCCCUGCAGGUCCCCAGAUGGGGUGAGCCCAUGUCUUCAUGCCUAAUGCGAUGGGGUCUCCAGGGCAACCCUAGCUCCCUGACUUCUCCUUCCCUGGGCUUCCUGGUGCUUCUGGUCUCUCAAGAGGUUUGGUGGGAUAUAAGGGAAGAGGACGGAUGGGGCUCUGGGCCAGGGAGCCAGUCUUGACCUAGGCUCUGAACUCAAGGUAGAAGGUGCAGCGAGGACAGCUUGGGCACCGGCUGCUGCGGCCUUCCUGGCCCGGUUCCUGCAGGCUCCUGUACUAGACCUGGAGUGAAAUGAGGGUCAGGCCUCCCCUCAGCCAGGGGCAGAAUCUGACCCUGCCAUUCUGAGAGCCCUCAUACUGAGGUCUCCUUCCCCUCCCUCCCCACCAUCUUAGCAGUCGCCACUCCAGUCGUCCAGACCUCCUUGGCUGUUGCAAACACAUAUGGGGGUUCUUUUUGUGCCUUUGCCUGGUGCUGCUCCCUCCCUUUAAUAAAGUGCCUUGAUUUGCAGCCCAGGGCAGACAGACAGAGCUUGGCCGAGGGUGGGAGGUUCAAGUGGUAUGGGAGGUUAAGCCCUGCAGACAAGGGCAUGUGUCCUUUCCCACCUCCCUCCUCCCCCCCCCCCCACCGCCAUGGCCCUCAGCCCCCUUCACCAGCGAAGAUUUUUGUGCCUUCUCUAGUUGCAUUUCAGCCGAAGACCAGCCUUUGCCUCCUGCCAAAAGUCAGGCUGCGUCUAGAAGCCUUCGCCUCCCCAAAGGGGCCUGGCCUGAUUGCCACACCAGGCCAGGGAGAGCAGCCUAAAGUCACACACCACCCCCUCCCCGCUUGUGUGACCACAGGGGUCUGAGGAGAGAUUUCUUGAAUGGACAACAGAGAAAUUACCAAACUGCAGGCUCUGCGAGCCUAUGGCUGGGCGAUCAUAGCCGCAGGGAAGCCUAGGGGCCGCAUUGCCCAGUGGAAGCACCACCAGGCGGCCUCCCCCAGCCUCUUACUUCUGAACCAAACUUGUCUGUGUGUCUUUCCUUCUGCAAAAACCCUGGGGCACCAGCAGCACCUGGAGGAGGGGCCCAGG